AUGGAGAUCCGGCCGGAAAGGUUUAAGGUCGUGGCGGCCAGGACUCUCGGGAAAAUAUACGGAGCUCUUGAGAAGAAACAGGAAAAUGGCGAGACCAUCGAGCUGUCGGCGGAGGGACGGCCGGAGAUGGUGGAGGAGAAGGAGAUGCCCGUAGUGGACUGCACAUGCUUCGGCCUGCCCAGGCGCUACAUCAUCGCCAUCCUCUCUGGCCUCGGCUUCUGCAUCUCCUUUGGUAUCCGAUGUAACUUGGGCGUGGCCAUCGUCAGCAUGGUCAACAGCCACACCGUCUUCAGAGACAACAAGGAGAUCAUAGUGAAAGCUCAGUUUGACUGGGAUCCAGAAACAGUGGGAAUGAUCCACGGCUCCUUCUUCUGGGGAUACAUAGUAACCCAAAUCCCAGGAGGCUUCAUCUGUCAAAAGUUUGCAGCAAACAGAGUGUUUGGCUUUGCUAUAGUGGCCACGUCUUGCCUGAAUAUGCUCAUCCCUACAGCUGCACGGAUGCACUUUGGCUGUGUUAUCAUUGUCAGAAUAUGUCAAGGACUUGUGGAGGGGGUUUCAUAUCCGGCCUGUCAUGGCAUUUGGGCAAAAUGGGCACCACCUCUUGAAAGAAGUCGCCUGGCCACAACAGCCUUUUGUGGAUCUUAUGCUGGUGCUGUGAUUGCCAUGCCAUUAGCUGGAAUCCUAGUCCAGUACUCAGGAUGGUCAUCAGUCUUCUACGUCUACGGAACUUUUGGCAUCAUGUGGUAUUGCUUCUGGAUCCUGGUGUCUUAUGAAAGUCCAGCAGCCCAUCCCACCAUCACUGAGGAGGAGCAAAAAUAUAUUGAGGAAAGCAUUGGCCAAUCAUCACAACAUGCAGUAACGAAAUUCAACACACCAUGGAGGUGCUUCUUUACGUCCAUGCCAGUAUAUGCCAUCAUUGUGGCUAAUUUCUGCAGAAGUUGGACUUUCUACUUGCUUCUCAUCAGCCAGCCUGCAUACUUCGAGGAGGUGUUUGGUUUUGAGAUUAGCAAGGUGGGCAUAGUUUCUGCGCUUCCUCACCUUGUCAUGACCAUUAUCGUGCCCAUUGGUGGCCAGAUCGCUGAUUAUCUGCGCACCAACCAAAUCAUGACCACCACUAACGUCAGGAAACUUAUGAACUGUGGAGGGUUUGGGAUGGAGGCAACCCUGCUGCUGGUGGUGGGCUUCUCUCAUACAAAAGUUGUUGCCAUCACAUUCCUGGUCCUGGCUGUGGGUUUCUCUGGCUUUGCAAUUUCAGGUUUCAAUGUCAACCACCUUGACAUUGCACCGCGCUAUGCUAGUAUCCUCAUGGGUAUCUCCAACGGUGUGGGCACUUUGUCUGGUAUGGUUUGCCCAAUUAUAGUUGGUGCCAUGACAAAGCAUAAGACACGGGAGGAGUGGCAGGGAGUGUUUCUUAUCGCCUCGCUUGUUCAUUAUGGAGGAGUUAUAUUCUAUGGCCUCUUUGCAUCUGGAGAGAAGCAAUAUUGGGCGGAGCCGGAGGAGCUGAGUGAUGAGAAAUGUGGCAUCCUGGAUGAGGAUGAGCUUGCAAACGAGACAGAGGAGCUGUAUCGCACAAGUGGCGGGGGAGGCUACGGAGCCAUGAACCAGGGAGCGGAUCCCAACGGAGCCGGAGGCAUGGGGGGAGGAGGAGGCUGGGUCUCAGACUGGGACAAAACUGAGGAGUAUGUCCAACCAGCCGGAACCAAUAAUUACCUUUAUAGAGGAGAGGGGGACCAAGGGUUAACAUAGAACCAGCAGAUCUUCUGCCCAUAGCCUUUAGUGAGGCAGAAACAGUACAUCAACAGCGUGGAGUUUCACUUGAUGGCAUGAAGAACUUUGAAAGUGCGGAUUUAAAAACGAAUGUGGGAUGGGACCAUUUUCAGCAAGUCUGACUGUAUUAUCUGAACUGAAUUCAAAGAGACUCCACAGUGGAGGUGAAGACAAUAGUAAAUGUAAAAUGUGUGUUUGUGUGUGCAAUUGUGUACCUUGUGUGACAGAAAAUUUAAAUAAUUUAAUUUAGGACUCAUCGCCCUCUCGGCAAGCUGUCUUGGGGGUGGGUUGUGUUUUAGGCCUGCUGUGGCUUUUUUUGAUGUUUAUUGACUGUAAUAAUUGUAGACAUUUCUAUAUUAUCUGACAGGAUUUCAUUUGUAUGCCUCUCACUUAAAAUUGAAUUAUUACAAAUCCUUUGGCACACAUUAGUCGCAAGCGCACUUCUAUUGUUGGGUGAAAACCUAUUGAGUUUGAUUAAUUGGGUUUAAAAAAGUUUCAUAAAUGGUUGUUGAAUUUCCGCAAGCAGAGUAUGCCCCUCCAUUGAAGUUAAAACGGGGGAAAAAAAACAACACUACAAGAGCUACAAGGUUUUCACACAAUAUUAUGAAAGCUUUUUUUCCCUAAAAACAAUGUUUUGUCCUUAAUGUGCACACUUUUAAGAAAAAGCAUGUUACUUGUGCCAAUACAACAACAUAUUUUUGCCCUGUAGUAUUGGUUUACUCAUCCACUGAGAAAAUAAUUGAAUAUAAUAACACUUGCAAAUAUUACUGUACACAGCUUUCUCUGAAGUCUAAAUAGCCCAUACGGAUAUUUUUAGAUGCAGCAUUUUGAUUUCCUUGUGCAAAAAUGUUUUAUGUACUAGGCCUCGAACCUGUCUGCCUGCUGACAAACUGGGCAAUAAAAAUGCCUCGUAUAGUUUAGAGACACUUUAUCAGGUCUCCUUCAGGCCGUUUUCUUCAAAAUCCAACAUCAGAAUUUUGUUUAAUAUGAUUCAUCGUUGUUAUUUUACUUAAUUUACUGUUGUGUUCAGGCGAUUCAUGCUCUAAGUGUAAACAUCAGGAAAAACACUUUGCUGUUGUCAGCAUAUAACCUAACUACCCCCAAACAUGCCAGUCUCUGCUCUCUGUCAGAGUGGCAAGGCACAAAAACCACUGAGCCAAGGCUACGCCAGUUAUGUAGCAAAAGUCAAAUUUAAAAACUGUGCAAGUAAAUGAGAAUUUUCGCUAUCACAUAGUUCUCAGUCAAUCUCGUUUAAAGGUGGACUUUCAUUACUCUUCCCUUUGUUUGAAUUAUCAUAGUGCAGCAAGCUGAAGAUAUGUUAAAUCAUCAGUAAACGAAAGACCAAUUAACAAUAAAAGGUUGAUUAUGGACAUCAACACAAUGACAUUUCACCUACAUGACCAAUUUCUUUUACUUUUAUUAGUAGAUGUUCUAAUGUAUCUAGCUAUAGCCCCCCAAAAAAAGGUAUAAGAUUGAAGAAUAUCCCUGCAACUAACAAUUAUUUUCCUUGUUGAUUAACUGGUCGAUUAUUUACUCAAAUAAUUGAUUAAUUGUUUGGUCUAAAAAUGUCAAGAAGCUCUAGCAGCUCUAGAUCAUGGAACAGUAUCACUUUGGCUGAUACUGUUCAUUGAAUGGAGUACUUCACUGAUAGAUGAAAUGUUAGGGUUUUUAUUGGUUUUGUCAUUUUUCAUGAAUUUUUUUUUUCUGGAUUGUAAACUAAAACAGAGUAUGUAAAACUCAUGUACACGUGGAAAAUAUUGUAUAAUAAAACCUAGAGGUGAUAAUUCC